AAAAAAAAAAAAAAAAAAGAAGAAGCAGUAGUAAUAAAACCUCAUAAAAGACUUCUGCUCGCUUUUAUUGUUAUUAUCCAUCUCAUUUUCUUCUUCUUCUCUCUCUCUCUCUCUUCCCCGUUCUUACCCUCUUUCCAGAUCUCUAUCUUUCAAUGGAGUAGACUUUUAAUUAUUACGAGAAAAAGAAAACACCCCCCCUAAAUAAACCUCUCCCCCAAAUUCCUCGCCGAUCGCGGACAGACUCGACGGCGGAGAUCUGAUCACCUCCCGGCGGCGGUCCGAUCUGGCGUCUCCUCACGGGGAAUCGAGAUAGGAGCUCGGAUCCGGUCCCCGCGCGGUGAUCGUAAGCGAUUUUGGAGAAGCGCUAGCUGGGGGAGGCGAAGCAAAGCGGGGGGGGGAAGAGGAUGUACAAGAACCAGCUGCAGGAGCUAGCUCAACGGAGCUGCUUCAAUCUGCCGUCGUACACGUGUAUAAGGGAGGGGCCUGACCACGCGCCCAGGUUUAAGGCCACCGUUAACUUUAACGGCGAGGUUUUCGAGAGCCCCAGCUUUUGCACGACGCUGAGGCAAGCGGAGCACUCCGCUGCUGAGGUGGCGCUCAACUCCCUUUCUCACCGGGGACCCUCUCACUCCCUCGCUGCUCGGAUCCUGCAGGACGAGACGGGGGUUUAUAAAAACCUCUUGCAGGAAAUAUCUCAGAGAGUGGGAGCCCCACUGCCAUCAUAUACAACUUUCCGAUCAGGACUUGGACACCUACCUGUCUUCACGUGCACGGUGGAACUCGCCGGAAUCACAUUCACUGGCGAACCAGCUAAGAGCAAGAAGCAGGCAGAGAAGAAUGCUGCCAUGGCAGCAUGGUCUUCAUUGAAACAAUUGGCACGCCAAGCUGCAAGCUCAUCAAACGAACCAGAGAACAAUGAUGAACAAGAGCAAAUCACAAUAGCCCGAGCCCUUCUCAACUACCGUCUCAAGGAAAAGAUUGCAAUGGCCAACAACCCCAAUGCAAUCCCAUUCCCAAAGAAGUUCCCCAUACAACCUGAAAAGAGACCAUCAACGUCACUGCAACCUCCCUCACAGGCUGGGUCAAAGAUACUUCCUCUAAUCCGCCCAAAAUCAACCCCGAGAUCGAGACCCACAUCCCCAGCACCUUCCGAAGGUUCAUCAACAGUUCCUUUCAUGCCUCAGAAGUUCCCGGCAGCCGGAGCUCCACCGUACGUGCCGAUCAGGCAACAAUACAGAAUGCCAUACCAUGGCAUGGCCCCACCGGUGACUAUAAGGUCAGCAGUGCCAUGUUUUUCUGCUCCUCCUCUUCCACCACCAUCAGCUGGACAUCAUCUUUCUCCGGCGAUGAGCCCACAGCCAAUAAGAAUGGCAUCACCGGUUCGCAUUAGGCAGGCAGUACCGGUUUUUUCUGCUCCUCCUCCCGGUCCGUCUCCUGCACCAGUGGUGAUUCGUCCAGUACAGACAAAGCAACAAUUAGCACCGGUAAUCUGCGCAAAAGCAGUGAAGCCAAUAAUGCAGGAUGAUGCAGGGGUGAAGGAUGUCAGGCCAACAAUCUCGGAGGUCGGAGAGAAGGAUGUGAAGCUAGUAGUUCCGGAUGUUGCAGAGGUGAAGGAUGUGAAGUUAGCAGUUUCAGAGAGCGCAGAGGUUAAGGAUGUGAAGUUAGCAGUUCCAGGGAUUGCAGAGAUGAUUGCAGAGAUGAAGGACGAGGAGCCAGCAAUUCAGAAUGAUAUUGUAGUAGGUAGAGAAGCAAGUGGCUCCGUAGAAUCUGAUGCGGCAGAACGGCUGAAGCGGCUAGAGAUUUGAUGCUGCUAGCUGAAGAUUUUCAGACUUCCUUCUUUUGCCUUUUCUUUUUUCCCUACCUUAUUUUUUGUUUUCACCUAGCAGUUUAUCAGGCUACAGUUGCACUAGUGUUUUACUAUUAGCUUCAUAGAUGCAAAACUAAACAGUUGGCAAGCAGCACGCAUGAUAUGGGCCUCUUAUGACAUAGCUUGUCGCAGGUUCAGGUGCUCUGGUCAGCGAGGGGAGGUACUGUUUCGCGUGGCAGCUUCCGAAACCUAAUUGUGCAUGCCACCAUCCUACUACAACAACUUCCGUUGAGGGUUUAGAUGGAGUCUCUCUAUAUGCUGUGUUUUACUGCCUAGUGAGUGUUUUGUUGUGCUUCCUUGGAAGAGGAAUGCUGGAAGCUUUUAACCCCUCGGUUGGAAGAGAGAUUGGGCGCUUCUCUUCCUCGGCUGAAACAGAAAUCACCUUGAGCGUCAAUCCAUCGGUUGGAAGAAAUUUUGAAAGCUGAUGCCUGUGGUUGGUUCUCUUCUUUUGUUUCUACAGAUGUAGGUAAUGGCUAGGUUAUGUUCAUGCUGAGAUCCUAUGAUUCUGUGGUUGUCGCUGCAUCCUCUUUGCGUUUUGGUAAAUGAAUACCGAGAUCACAGACACAGAUGUUGUCUAGCA